UUCCGUGUCCCAUUUGUGUUUUCCAACUUACGAUUUUUUACUUACCACAGCCCCUCAGCCACUGGUGCUCCUUUGUUUGGCCGGAGAGUCGCAUCCUCACCAACAUAUGCUUAACCACCAGGUCUCAGUUUCACGAGUUAAAGAAUAUAGUCUUUACAUUUUACAGUCGGCGCAGCAGAAGCCAAGAUAUCAUCUGAAAACUCAAAACCACCUUAAAAAGCCCUGGAAUAUAUCCAUGGCAAAGAAUGCAUCCUCUUCAAUUUCGCCAUCGAAUUGCACUGAGAGUGCCACUAAACAAACUGAGACCCUGAAAUCCUUGUUCGAUCCUCACAGUAUUGACCCACAUUUGCUUCAGAAAAUAGAGUAUGAUGCACUGGUUUGGAGUUCUCUUCAUGGGCUGCUUGUUGGAGACAGGGCUUCGGAGAACUCAGGAAAGAUUCCUGGUGUCGGCCUAAUUCAUGCACCAAUAUCCUUGCUGCCUACACCGUUUCCUGAAAGUCACUGGAAACAAGCUUGCGAAGUAGCUCCAAUAUUCAACGAACUGGUUGAUCGUGUGAGCUUGAAUUCAGAAUUCCUGCAGGAAUCCCUCUCGAGAACCAAAAGGGUUGAUGCUUUUACAGCUAGACUCCUAGAUAUUCAUGCCAAGAUUCUAGAUAUGAACAAGAGAGAGGAAAUACGCCUAGGACUACAUCGCUCAGACUAUAUGCUGGAUGAACAAACUAAUUCACUUCUUCAAAUAGAGCUCAAUACAAUUUCUUCUUCAUUUCCUGGACUGAGUUGCCUUGUUAGUGAGCUUCACAGGAGCUUGCUUCAUCAAUACAAACAGCACCUUGCUUUAGAUCCACUACGGAUUCCCCAAAAUAAUGCUGUUGGUUUGUUUGCUGAAACACUCUACAGAGCAUGGGCCGAAUACAAUAACCCGAGGGCUGUGGUGGUGAUUGUUGUUCAAACUGAAGAACGAAACAUAAGCAUAAGAAGGACCUUGGCAGAGAUUGAUGCACAAGGGGAGAUUUUACCCGACGGAUCACUUAUUGUGUAA